AUGUCCGACCAAGACGGAAUGGUUCCCGACACCGGGUAUGAUACCCCUGUGCCUGAGCUUGAUGACCAUCGUUAUGAAUCCAAUGUAUCGCAACGGCUAGAGAGACCACGCCGAGGGACGUUUGACUCUCUAUAUGGCUCCCGUCAAAUUGACACUGACGCGGGACCCUUUACACCAGACAUCAGGAUUCGAGAUUUUGAGGAAGCCAUCAUAGAUGAAGAUGCUCUUGAGGUACCGCAGAUGGCUCGACACAGUCGUCGGCUUACAGUUGAGACAAUAAAUGAAGGCAGAUCAAUCUCUCCUCCCAAUUCGGUUAAAGCGUUCGCUCAAGCCCGACGACGUGAAAGAGACAUGUCAUUCUCGGAGCCAAAGUGCGACCAUGAAGAAGGGCACGGACGGUCUAUGUCAAUAUCCAGUCGACGCAGCCAUCGAAGCAGGGCUCGAACUAUAGAGAAGGAUGCGAGAAGUCUGUUGACAGAUAAAGCUGCCGAGGAGGAUGUAUGCUUCCCAUUACAGGACGGGCAUAGAAAUCACGAACUUCGAAUCGACUUCGACUAUUUGGAAAAUUUCAUCAAUGCGGAACGAGCUGCUCAAGCACAUAGUCGACCGAUGCCUUCUGAAUUCGAAGACUUGCGAAUUGAGUCUACAACUAGCCACCGAAACCAAGUGCCUACGGUGGAUGGUGACAUACUGGAAAUCCCAUCGGAUGACUCUAUACAAGAGAAACGCCCCACCGAAGUCGAUUCGAAGCCAACUCCCCACGCAACUGAUGGUAAUCGUUUCAGUUUUUUUUCCUCGGCAUGGGAGUCAACAAUCCACGCCGCCGAAAUGGGCGAUCUCGUUCUCCCUGGAGAGGAUAUUCGGGGUCUCUUUGAGCUACCCGAAGAUGAAGCAGAUGGUGUUUGGUGGCUGAAUGUGAAUACAGCAUCCAAAGAAGAAGUCCAAGGAAUUUGCAAGGCGUUCGGGGUGCAUCCUCUUACCAUUGAAGAUAUUAUUACACAAGAAGCCCGGGAGAAGAUCGAGCUCUUUCCAUCGUACUAUUUCGCGUGCUUCCGAUCCUUCAAUGUCGUUGAAGAGCCCGAUGGUAUUGAGUAUGAGCCCUUCAACAUAUAUGUUUUAGUAUUCCGUGAAGGCACACUCAGUUUCAGCUUUGCCCCGAACUCACAUGCAUCUCAAGUUCGGAAAAGAAUUACAGCCUUAAAGGAGUACGUCUCUCUUAGCAGCGAUUGGAUAUGCUAUGCAUUGAUACUCACCAAUAUGCCAAAAAGCGAUAAUAUCGUUGAUUCUUUUGCCCCUGCCAUCCGCACUAUCGAACUAGAAGCAGAUGCGAUUGAGGAUGAAGUGUUUGUAAUGCGCCAAGAUGACUCGAGCUCGUUUCUUCGUUCCAUAGGCCGUGUUCGUAAAAACUGCAUGGCUUUAAUGCGACUUCUUGGAGGUAAGGCUGAUGUCUUGCGAGGGUUCACCAAGCGAUGCAACGAAAAUUACCAAGUCACACCGCACAUGGACAUUGGUAUGUAUUUGGGCGAUAUUCAAGAUCAUGUUGUUACAAUGGCAACAAAUCUCGGCCACUUUGAGAAGAUGCUGUCACGAGCACACAGCAACUACCUGGCGACACUUUCGAUCAACAAUAUUUCACAAGGAACAGACACGAACAGGGUCUUGAGCAAGAUCACGUUUCUUGCAUCCGUUCUUGUGCCACUUAACCUCAUUAGCGGUGUGUUUGGAAUGAAUGUCACUGUGCCGUUUCAAGGCACUGGCAGUCUCGCCGCGUUCUUCACUAUUAUUGGGAUCAUGGUAUUUGUUUGCUCACUGAUUCUGGGAUUGGCUCGUUGGAAGAGGUACAUUUGA